CGCGGUACCAAGUACAUGUGUCUGGAGGGAGGAUGUGGCGCCUGUAUCGUGAACGUCGUCAAAAGUCCUGGUGAAGCUUCUUUGGGUGUCAAUUCAUGCAUGGUGCCAAUAACUUCUUGCAAUGGCUGGGAUAUAACAACUAUAGAGGGAAUCGGUAAUCGUUUGAAAGGUUAUCACCCGAUACAAGUGACACUCGCUGAGAACAACGGCUCUCAAUGCGGUUACUGCAGUCCAGGAUGGGUCAUGGCAUUAUACAGCAUACUCAGAAACCGACGGCCGACGAUGCUAGAAAUAGAACAAUCAUUUGGGAGUAACAUAUGCAGAUGUACAGGAUAUAGGCCGAUUUUAGAGGCGUUCAAGAAAUUCGCAAUAGAUUCUCCUGAUGUUAAGGUUAUACCAGAUAUUGAAGAUUUAAGAUUAUGUGAGAAGUCUAGAGAACAGUGUUCGAAAAAUAGUUGUAGCGAGUGGGAUUGGUGUGUAAUAAACAAAAGCGAUUUGACUGAUGACAUUCCUCACAUUCAAUUACGUGAUCACCGAGAUUGGUUUAAAGCGACCACUAUUGAUAAUAUUUUCUCACUUUGGCAGCAAUUUGGUACAGAAUCCUAUAUGCUGGUUGGAGGAAAUACGGGAAAAGGCGUUGUUCCAAUAUUGGAAUAUCCGAAACUUCUUAUUGAUAUAAAUCAUAUUCCCGAACUACAUGGUUAUUACGUGGAUCAAAAUUUGGUGAUCGGAGCAUCAACGACUCUGACUGAUUUAAUGACAAUAUUUGAAUUCAAAGUCUGCAACUAUUGGAGGAAACUUAGCAUUGAAAAAUUUACAUCCUGGAUUUCAAUCUGA